UGAAAAUAUGGAUUGACAUUUAUAUAAUUUGACAGUGACUCUGUUGAUUUAUUUGAGUGUUGUUUGUUUAUUGUUAUGUAGUAAGAACAAUUGCCGUUAUGUCGCUAAGAUCAAAAGUUAUCCAGUUAUAUAAACAUCUUAUAUACCUCAGCCGCGAAUAUCCAGAACGUCCUGAUAACCUCAGGAAACACAUUCACGACACUUUCAUGAAAAACAGCAAGGAAACCGAUGAGAAGAAAAUUAAAGCACUCCUAGCACAUGGAAGAUAUGUGGCCAAAGAAAUUGAAGCUCUAUAUUCACUUAGAAAGUAUCGUGCAAUGAAAAAGCGUUACUAUGAUGACAAAUGACCGACUUUAAGUUCGAGGAAUUUUCAGAAAAGAUAAUUUUUAUAUUCAGAUUUUUGCUUGUUAAAAUGUGAAUGCUAUGAAAAUGAACUUUUAAUGAAAAUGAGAAAUGUUAAACAAUUGUACAUUGUAAAUAUAAUAUAUUUUUGAUAUAGUGAAAAA